AUGAGGUCUCAAUCCUGUUCACGGGUGGAUUUCGGUGGUGCCUAUGACAUCGGAGCUGAUGAACGCCCCCCGGGCCGCCCCACACUUGAUCGGGACCCGGACGCUGACCUUGACGUUGAUCCCAAGGCUCACGGUAUGGAGAGAACACGGGUUGCUAAGGUUGACAAUGUGACCUUGGCCCGCCGUGGGGAGCAGGUCGACGGCGCCCUUCAUUUAACCCCUCACCACUUAAUCUUCUCCCAUGUCCCCCCAGUUUCAAGCGAGGACCAGGCAAAGGGAAUCACUAUUAGACCGAAGGAACUCUGGAUUACCUAUCCCAUUAUCUCGUUUUGCACAUUGCGCCUGGCUCCCGCGGCGUCCCGCCAGCUCUCCUCCAUCCGCCUUCGGUGCCGAGACUUUAUCUUCGUUUGCUUCUACUUCACAAGUGAACAAAAGGCCAAAGAAGUCUUCGAUAGUAUUAAACAAUGGACCUGCAAAUCUGGUCGACUUGAUCGACUCUAUGCCUUUUCCUAUCAGCCACCACCUCCCGAAAAGGGGCUGAAUGGAUGGGAUUUGUAUAAUCCACGAAAGGAGUGGGAGCGUCAGGGUCUUUCAAAAGAGAAUUCGGGAUGGCGGAUCUCUGAGAUCAAUACGGACUAUAGCUUCUCACCAACAUACCCAGCUUUGAUUCCUGUGCCAUCCGCUAUUUCUGACAAUACCAUUAACUAUGCGGGACGAUAUCGUUCUAGACAGCGAAUCCCUGCCCUUACCUAUCUUCACCCGGUGAACAACUGCAGUAUUACGAGAAGCUCACAGCCCCUUGUUGGUGUUCGGCAGAACCGUAGCAUUCAGGAUGAAAAGCUUCUGGCAGCUAUAUUCUCAACUUCUCGCUCAGAGAGGCCUUUGGCUAGUUUUGCGAAAGCUCAAUUAGAUCGAGAGGCUUCUGAUUCGAGUUAUGAGAGCUUGUCGGCUUCACAAACAGAGCUUGACGUUCCAAACGCGGAAGAUCUUGAGGAUGACAUGCUGGCAGCUGCCCGUGAGGCACCGGAAGAAGUACGAGCAAUUUAUGGUGCUCAACAGCAAAACCUAAUUGUCGAUGCGCGCCCUACCGUUAACGCUUUUGCAAUGCAAGCUGUUGGCCUGGGCUCUGAGAACAUGGACAACUAUAAGUUUGCUACCAAGGCAUACCUUGGUAUUGACAAUAUUCAUGUGAUGCGUGACUCUUUGAACAAGGUUAUUGAUGCGUUGAAGGAGACAGACGUCACUCCUUUGGGACCUAACCGUGACCUUCUAGCUCGGAGUGGCUGGCUUAAGCAUAUUGCGGGCAUCCUGGAAGGUGCUGGAUUGAUUACUCGCCAAGUUGGUCUCCAGCAUUCCCACGUUUUGAUACAUUGUUCCGAUGGCUGGGACAGGACUAGCCAAUUGAGUGCUUUGAGUCAGAUUUGUUUGGAUCCGUACUUCCGCACCAUGGAAGGCUUUAUGGUCCUUGUUGAGAAGGAUUGGCUGUCCUUUGGACACAUGUUCCGACACAGAUCAGGUCAUCUAAACAGUGAGAAAUGGUUUCAGAUUGAAAAUGAACGAAUUGGCGGUGAUGUGGACGGUAGUGGCGCAGGCCCUGCCAAAGCAAUCGAAAAUGCAUUCCUCAGUGCCAAGGGUUUCUUCAACCGGGAGAAUACUAGUCGGGACUCACUUCCUGAGUCGGAGGGAGAACUCCAAAGCUAUGAUUCUGAUAGCCCAACCAAAAAACCCAGCUCCGCGCCUCGAACGGCUGUUUCAGAGAAAGAAAUCACGAAAGUAAAGGAAACUAGCCCGGUUUUCCAUCAGUUCCUCGAUGCGACCUAUCAACUCCUGCGUCAACACCCUACACGCUUUGAAUUCAAUGAGCGCUUCCUUCGACGGCUGCUAUAUCACCUUUACGCCUGUCAAUUUGGAACAUUCCUUUUCAACAAUGAAAAAGAACGUGUAGAUACCAACGCGCGAGAACGAACCCGCAGUGUGUGGGAUUAUUUCCUCGCCCGACGAGAGCAGUUCACAAAUCCAGAGUAUGAUGCUCUUAUUGAUGAUCACCAGCGAGGCAAGGAACGCCUGAUUUUCCCUCGACCCAAGGAGACCCGCUGGUGGAGCGAAUCUUUUGGCCGAGCAGAUACCGAAAUGAACGGCCCACUUCUGCCAGGAACAUCUGUCACUGCUGGCUUUGAGAGUCCAAGUACUUCAUCCCCUAUUUUGACUGGAGUUGAGACGGCUCAACACUCCAUUAGUCCUCGGAUGUCAGGAGCCACUGUUCACUCUGCUGCAGCAUCUGGAAUGGCUGCUGUCACCUCUAGUAUAUCCAAUCUCGCAAUUAUCAAGGACCAGAACGUUGAGACGAAAAAUGAAAAGCCGAAAGAGUUGGAAAUGGAGGUGGAGAUGCAUUGA